GAUGGUGAUUUCAUUUAUUACUGCAAAAUCAAUAACGGUCGAUGUCAAAAAAUUUGCGUGGGUUGUCAUUUCAACGAUAAGUUACUCUAUGAUGGUGAUCGUUAUCAUAAAGAUAAUACAGUCUUUAUGUGCGAAGUCAGACCUGAUAAGUACGGUCAUAAACCAGUAGGAUGUGUGGUGCGGGACGAAAGUGGCGAUAGUGUUGAACGAAUUCAAACAAAAACUUCGAAAGUAGAACAAACGUGUGUCUUAGAAAAUGAUAAAGCUGUGGUGAAAACAUUAGGAUGCAUUUAUGUCCACAAGGGAUAUGACACGUUGUUUAUUCGUCCAGGCACUUACACUAUUUGGAAUCAGCAAGUUGAUGGCAAAGCAGUUGGUGUAAUUUGCAGGGUUCGUUUUGCAUUUUCUCAAGCUAAUUUUGUUACUUCGUCUCUUUCACUGAUACUAAUGACAGAUUGCAUGAAACAGGCAAAUGGUGAAAAUACACCUAGCUUAGAAACGUUCAAGAUGGAAGACAUUGCUCUAAAAACAUAUGGUUUGAAGUAUGAUCAACCACGAGGUUGA